AUGAGCUUCGAAAUUCAAUAUGAUGAUAAAGGAAGAAGGCACUGGAAGCAGACAGACAGAUCCCAUUCUCCUGAAUCCAAGCCUCCAGAAGAAACAAAAGCAAAGCCAGUCCCAAUUGACUACUCAAGGGCAUUAGAAGCAAGAGAAUCGAAAAUAAAACUCGAUAAUCAGGUAGGAAUUCGCAAAAUCGCAGCUGAAGACAAAUCUAGCUCAAAAUAUUUGGGAUACUACUGCAAACCCUGUGACUUUUCUGUAAAUGACUCACUUGCGUGGCUUGAUCAUUUGAAUUCUGAACAGCACAAUCGAAUGCAUGGAAACUUAAUGAAGGUUGAAAAAGUCACUGUAGAUGCUGUAGAGCAAAGACUUAAAGAACUUAAGCAAAAGAAGCCUAAAAAAAGACCGCCGACAAUUGAAGAAAUCAUGAAAAGACUGGACUCUAAGGAGCCUGAACCUUCAAAGAAGCAAAAAAUUACAGAGGAUUAA